GAGUUUUAGUGUUUCAACUCAUAUCCUCUAAAAAGCUAUCUCUCACUCUGUGAAGGACGUGACAACACGAAAAAUGUCUUUCACAGCAGCGGCUCUCUUUGUUCCGCCUCCGGUUACCGUUCGAUCUCCGGCUAGAACUCUUCGCCGUUCAUCAAUUCCUUGUUUGCUUCCGACGAAUGGCGUAGUGGGUCGCCGGCAAAUCAAGAAGUCGGUCGUAGCAAAUGCUUCGCCGGGAAACGGAGGCGUCAGGGCGGGGGAAGAUGACGGAGUUUCUCUUGGUACAAUGAAGCUUCCGGGGAACACAGAUGUCGCGAGAUUCGAAACUCUUCUUUUCCAGUGGGCGAACAGUCUUUGCCAAGGAGCCAAUCUGCCUCUUCCGGUUCCUCUCAAGGUUGAUAGAAUAAGUGGAGGAGCAAGGUUAGGAUUCAUCGUGAUGGAGAAUGAAGGCAAAACCGAUGUUCCGGUUUACAUUGACUGUUUGGUUAACCAAACAGAGGAUGGUUUGGUGUUCCAAGCGACACGUCAUGGACGGAAGAAAGACAAAGCACCUCCGGGAGAAGAAAGAAUCAUGAGAAGCCUCUUAGGUGCUUUGAAAAGAGCUGUUGAGCUUGCUCGAAUCGCUUAAAAUCUGACUCUUUCAAAAUGAAAUUAUAUUUUUCAAUAUCUCUUUGUUUAUGUCUGUCUUUCUAGUUAUAUUUUUUUUAUACUAGUUAUCAAAAAACAUCAGUGGUGGAUUACAUA